AUGGCGCCGAAAUCCUGGCCUGAUGAAGUAGACGUUUUCACUAUUCCUCAUUCUAGAAUGAAGGAAUUAGUGCAGAAAUAUUUAAACAUGGUUUCUGACAUCAACUUUACAAAUGUUGGACACCUGACAUCAUUAUUGGAGAAUCUGUGCAACACCUUCAAAGAGUUCCACAACCAUGAGCAAGUAGAAAACCAGUUCAUCAUGAAUAAACUUAAGGAAAAACUCAAGUGUCUGUCCAUAAAGAACCAUGCGGUCUGUAACUGUCACUCUGACAACAGACUGACCGAGAUGUUGAACCUGUUUCAGGAUGGGUACAAGUGUACAGAGAAAACAGAUGCUGAUAGAGUGAAUUAUGGAAUCAAACUAAGAACUGCUUUGGAAGAUUUUACAAAUAACUUCCUCCCUCAUAUGGAAGAGGAAGAAGAGAUUUUUCAGCCAAUGCUAAUUAAGUACUUUAGUUAUGAUGAACUAUGUGACAUCAAGAAUGAAGUUCUCAUACAUCAUUCAAUCAGCACUGGGCAGAAGGAAGCAAAACUGGAGGAAGAAGAAUUGAUUUGUGAUGAGUUCCAUGAGAAAGAGGAGUGGGAGAAGUCGGAGAAGGAGGUGGAAUACAAGGGGAUAGACACACUACCAGAAGAACUGAUGUUGAAAGUCUUCUCCCAUCUCGACCCUCGCCAGCUCUGUCGCUGUGCUCAGGUGUCUCAACGCUGGAAUGCAUUGUCUAUUGAUGGCUCCUUGUGGAAAACCAUACUACCUGUUCAGUGGUCUAUGGGUCAGUGGUCAUUUGUUCCUAAGCUGGACUGUGAUUUGGAGGAGGAAAAGGUGAACAUCAACAAGGAGUUAAUGACCGAUGUUUUGUCGGAUGAGAUGGUAGACGAGGAUGCUGACCGGGAUGAAUCUGGAGGAGAUGAGAGCGACAACAAUGUAGAUGAUGAGUGUAUGGAGGACAAACAGAUCCGUAAAGAGGCGGCCAUGUUGACAUCCCUGGUGAAGUACCUGUUGCCAAGAGUUGGUUCUUAUGUCAAAUCUUGUUACCUUGGAUACAGUAAGGGACUUGUUAAUGGACUGCUUUACAAGAUUCUUUCUCAGUGUCCAAAUAUGGAGAUCCUGGAUUUGUCUCAAACAAGGAUAUCCGACAUAGCUUUCAAAGGGCUUGGCCGAAAGGGAUGUGGAUCUAAGCUGAGGCAUCUCAAUUUGGGCGGAUGCUUUAACAUCACUGACAGAACAUUGGAAAGAUUGUCUUCUGCUUUUGGUGAUUUCUCCUACAAUGAACGAAGUGUAAUGUUUGCAAGUAAACUGGAGAAAAAUGAAACUGAAGACAAUGAAAAAGACCAAAGCAAAAUCGAUAAAUGUGAAAAAUGUCAUAUUUUAAAACAAGGCAAGGACACUAAUGUGAAUGGAAUUAAAAAAAGUACAACAAGAGAAAAAGUUACAGAGCAAGAAUGUAUGGGAUAUGAAAGUAAAGUUGAUAUGGGUAAAGAUGUAUCUUCUCAGAUUGAGGCUGCAGUUGAUGCAAGUGUCUAUGACAGUUGUGAUUACAGCAACUUGAAGAAGCAUCAUGCAUCAAACUUCGAAAAUGUGUCAAAUAAAUCCAUUCUUCCAUAUUUUGAAGAAUCUUAUUUACUUGAAAACUUGACUGAUCAAAAUGUGGGUCAGGCUCUUGAAAGAGCUUGUGAUUACCUUGAAAAUAUGAUGAAGAAAAGUCAAGAUGUCUUUGACAAACCAAAGACAUUAAAAGAAAGCUUUCAAAGACUUGGUGACAAAGAAAAUUGUAAUACGUCAGAUGUGAGCGACGCGCAAUGUUUGAACUAUGUUGCCAUUGCAGGUCAUGGUACAGAUCUGGUUGGUGAAGUUUACCACAAUGAUUCUACAGAAUAUUGUGAUCAAUGUAACAUGUCUGCUAAACAUUUGACUGAAGCAGAUGAUAUUUGUUCACAUUCAUGUCAGACUACCAUCAAGUUUUAUGAGUCAAAGAAACCAAAAAGGACUACAUGUGUUUCAUUUGAUCAUCAAAACACAAACAAGCUACAGUCGGGUUCAAUGGGUACCCAAGACUCAAAAGUCACCAGAGAAACUGGUGACAGUUUGAAAAUCUGUGAUAAUGACCUUGAUCUCAAUGGUGAAGUUUUAAACUCUGACCCCAACUCUCGCUACCUGGAGUAUUUGAGUCUAUCUGGCUGUUACCAUAUCACAGAUUCAGGGCUAAGGUGUCUGGCUGAAGGUGGGGGACUUCCACAUUUGAGAUAUCUGGAUCUGUCCGGUUGUCUCAACAUAACUGCUGAUGGUUUGACAGAGUUGGUGUCUGUUUGUCCAGCCCUGGAUGGGGAAGAGCUCUACUAUUGUGAUAAUGUCAUUGAUGGCCCUUAUGCUGCCGAGGCUAGUGGCUGUCAGAACCUUGAAUGUAACUCCAGGGUCUGCUGCCGAUCAGGAUAUUAAGAUGUGCCUGGAAGAGUGACAAGUGACUUGCUGUGAAUCCAUAAAAGCUAUUGAGGAACUGGACCUAUUCAAGCACUUUACAGAUCAUGAUUGAAGGACACCUUCAUAUCACAAUGAAAAACAACAUUGCUGUGAACUAGCACUAGAAUAUAGUCGUAGAAUUACUUGUAAAAUGCAGGAUUUAAUCACAUUUGUGCUUUCCAGUUGCUUGUAUUUUUAGUAUGUUAUUUAUUUGCAUUUGUUUGAAAGUAUAUCAAACAUAUAUACUCGUACCAAUUUACAACUAUAUGUCUUUCAAAUGAUAUAAUUGGCUUCAAUUAUGAUUUAUGCUUUUUGGCCAGCUUUGAUUAAAGGUUUUCCAGUUUUGUUCGAUACAUACACAUCAACCUACAUUCAAAGUCAAAGGACUAAAAUAUCUUAAAUUUUCUCCAAACAAUUUCUAAUAGAUGGACUGUGGGUGUACUAGAACAGUUACACCACAUUUUGUCAUGUUGGAACUAGACCUGCUUUCAAGAUUUCAUGGGGCAAAUGGCUUUAACGCAAGCAGGCUAGGGUGAAGAAGAUUAAGAAUUUGACCAAUUCAGGUGGUCAGAUGAAAAAUAGAAAAGUAAUGCGGGCCCAUUUGACUUCCUAUGCAUAUUAUUUAUGUGAAGAAAACAGCAGUGUUCCACAUUGUGCCUAAUGCUAUUUUGGUGAUUCUUAUAGAUAUGUUUUGAUUGUUUUUGGUAGUGUGAUGUAAUGUUUACAGUAAAGUGUUCCGUUUGCUUCUCCAGAGCUUGAAUAAGUUUUGUCAUAAUACUGGAUGUUUUGAUUUUGUUUUGGAUACCAAAGUAAUAAUUUGUUUAAAUAGUUAUGAAUUGUUUUGUUGUUUUUCACAAUCGUCAUCAUUUAUGGGUAUACACUAGUUUUGUCUCAGUAUUGGUAACCUGCCAUUGUGCAGGUCAAAAUGAUAGUUUGAGUGGCAUUGCACGACAUGUUUUGAUACUUUUUACAAAACUUUUCAUAACUAAUUCUCAGUCAUAGUAUGUUAAUCUAUUUAAUCAGUUGUUGUGAUGAGUUUAUCAUAUUUAAAGAGAAGGGAAAAGCGGUUGAUGUGGCUCAGAGUUUCCCUGAGAUAAAUGAACAUACUUGUACUGGAAAUGUUCCAUGUAAAGCUUAUCAUGCAGAGUUACUGAAUUUCCUUUCAAAUGUUAAGAUUGAACCAAUAAGAUAUGUUCCAUCUUAACCUGUACUGAAUAUCAUAUAAUUUCCAGAAAUAUAUGUAUACACAAUCCUGUUUUAAGUAGUAAUUCUGAAAACUAAUGAUAUUCAGCAAGUUAGUUUUGGACUGGUACUGCUCAAACCUUCAAACUACAUGUGCUAAAUGUUAUGCAAUCCAAUCUCGUCCUGAUCUAUGAAUUAUUGGGAUUGUCUGUCUAUUGCCAUCCAGUAAAGUCUGUGAAUAAUAUUAAUAUUACUUACAAACUACAUCCUUACUUCAAUUUCAUAUUGUUAAUUAAAGUCUGAUACAGGUUAAUUCUAACAUGGGAAUAACACGAGCAGUCUUAAACCUGAAAUAGGAGGCAUUUUUUAUGUGUUUUUUUUGCUUUGUUGCAGCUGAGGACUGGUCUUCAGUAAUCACAAUAUUUAUAUGGGAUAUGUUUAUAUAUAUACAAAUUAAGAUUGUUUUCAGAGAUAUACUGUAGAUGUACUUAUUUUGGCACUAUCAAAUUUCAGUCCCAAAACAGGACAAUGAUGUAUUUGUGCUUUCACAUUAACUGCUUUAUUGGUGACAUGAAGAAACUGAAACUAGUACAACAAUAUUUAAGCACAAUGUCUCUAGCUCAAAAAGUGCUAAAAUUAGAUUACCAGUAAAUAUGUGUGCAUGCUGAGAACAAAAACUGCAAUCAAAGGAUAAGUUACAUGCUUACAAGGUUUUAUUCUGUAUCAGAUUUUUUGAAGCAGGGGGGGAGGGGAAAUGACUGUUAAGGUAGAGUUGAAUUAAUCUGUAACAGAAGGCAGGUUUUAAAAAAGUAUUUUCCAUUUUAAAUCAUCUUAAUAUACUAGUAGUCUCUAUUCAUAUAUACAUUAUAUACAUUAAAAUAUAAUUAUAGAUAGCAUGCCUUUUAUGGAAGUUUUGAAAUAAUUUAUAUUGAUGUAAAUUAGAUUCUGACUGGAACAUUUAAAGUGUUUUCUGCAUUAGAAUGAAAGAAUCGGGAAGAAAUCCCUGUGGUACAUAUGGAAAAUUAUAAUAUACAUAUCUCCAGGUACAUAUAAGCAAGAAAUUGCAACUUAGAAUAACGCCUAAUUAAUCAGAGAAUGCUAAUAUCUGAUUAGUAUAUGAUCUUGUGGAAAUCCUUUUUACAAGGAGCAUUAAUAAAGUGAGAUUAGCAAUGAGUACAGUAUUUAUUGAAUCUAUAACAAACUGCUGUAGAUAUGUCUAUGUAUACAUAGAGAUUUUUUAUAACAUUUUUGAUAUACAGUUGCCAAGGUAAUAAGCAAGCAGGUAUUGAUGUGGUUCCACCACUCUAUUUGACAAUUAUAAUUGGUGAAAUUUGUUGUGAGAUCUUGUUAGGGACAACCACUAAUUGUGGCUGGAUAUUGUCAAAGUAACUAGAUAUGGUAUAGACAGUCACUUAUGGUGAGGUAUAGUCAUUGUGACGGGGUUGGUCAGUAAGGUGGUUAAAUGCUAUUGAGACAGCCACUAAUGGUGGCGGGAUUUGGUCCUAGUGACUAAAUAUGGCAAGUCAACCACUGAUGGUGGAUGGAUUUGGUCCUAGUAACUAGAUAUGGCAAGUCAACCACUGACCAUGGCUGGAUAUGAUGCUAGUGACUAGAUAUGGCAAGUCAACCACUGAUGGUGGCUGGAUAUUGUGCAAGUGAUUAGGUUGGUCUGUAAAAUUAUCAAUGGUGGCUGGAUAUUAUUGGAACAACCACUGAUAGUGUCUAGAUAUGAUCAAAUUAACUAGAUAUGGUCAGUACUAACUUCCAGUGACCAAUGAUGGCUGGAUAUGGUCGUAGUGACUGGGUUGGUCAGUAUUAUUACAUGCAGUUACUGAAUGUUAUUUGGACUUCCACCAGGGUGGUUAUUCCCUGUAUUGAAUUUUAAGAUGAGAAAUGUUUGUCUCAAAGGACAACUGGAUUGUGGUGGCCAUUAAGACAAGGACAGCUAGUACAUGUUGUUAAUGUAACUUGACUGAUGGUGUCUGGACAGGAUCAGAAUUACUGUCUCAUGUUGGCUGGAUUAACAAGACUCUUAUGGUCCUUACAAUCACUGUCAGAUCAAAGAUUAAGGACCUUUCUAUAAAAGUAAAGUGGUAUACAUAUAACUCAAUGCUUUGAGAAUGUUUAAUCUUAAUAUACUGGCGAUUAAGAAAAUAUAUUUUGAUUGACGUUUUUUACUUUAAAUUGAUUACAGUUUUGAGUAGAUUAUAAUCAUCUUUUGAAAUAUUUGCAAAUCAAUAAAAGAUCAUUUCA